CCAUAUUGUCCUUGAGAGUUGAGAUAAUGAAUGAAAAUGGAGUAUAUUUAUAUCUAUGUAUCCAUAGACAACUUUGCACAAACAAACCCAAAUGAUAAUCGAAAACCUUUGUCAAUUGGUCUAAUCUAGACCUCAUUUCCAUCUAAAUUCUAAACUAUGACAUGAUGAUCAAACUCCAAUCUUGCAACAAUUUCACGCUACCAUUGACAACCACCAUUAGAGCUCCUUCUUGGGUUUCCAAAAGAAGGCAACUUGAAUUACAUAUAUCUCAACUUCACAAAUGCUCAAAUUUACCCCAAUUGAAGCAAAUUCACGCUCAAAUCUUCAAAGCUAAUCUUCAUAAUGACCCUUUUGUAGCUCCUAAACUUAUCUCUGCUUUCUCUCUUUGUCAUCAAAUGGGUUUAGCCAUUAAUGUUUUUAACCAAGUUCAAUUUCCUAAUGUCCUUUUGUAUAAUACUCUUAUUAGAGCUUAUGCCCAGAAUUCACAAUCUUCUCAAGCUUUCAUUACUUUUGUUGAUAUGCUUACAAAUGGUGUUAUUCCUGAUAAUUUUACUUACCCAUUUCUCUUAAGGGCUUGUUUUGGAUGUAAUUCUUUUGAAACGGUUCAAAUGAUUCAUGCCCAUACACUGAAGUUUGGUUUUUUAGCUGAUAUUUUUGUACCCAAUUCAUUGAUUGAUAGUUAUUGUAAGUGUGGAGUAGUUGGUGUUAGCUCUGCUAGUAAAUUGUUUAUGGUUAUGAAGGAUAAAGAUAUUGUUUCAUGGAAUUCAAUGAUUAGUGGGUUGAUUAAAGGGGGUGAAUUGAAAGAUGCACGCCAAUUGUUCGACGAAAUGCCUAAAAGAGAUGUAGUGAGUUGGAAUACUAUGUUAGAUGGGUAUGUAAAAGUAGGGGAUAUGAUUGCUGCAUAUAGUUUGUUUGAGAUGAUGCCUUGUAGAGAUGUGGUGUCUUGGUCGACUAUGGUAUCGGGUUAUACGAAACUAGGGGAAAUGGACAUGGCUAGAUUAUUGUUUGAUAAGAUGCCAGUCAAGAAUUUGGUGUCUUGGACAAUAAUGAUUUCUGGGUAUGCUCAGAAAGGUUUCACAAAAGAGGCUAUUUCCUUGUACAAUGAGAUGGAGAAAUCAGGAUUGGAGCUUGAUAAUGGGACUGUUAUUAGUAUCUUAGGCGCGUGUGCUGAGUCGGGUUUUCUUGCACUUGGAAAACGAGUUCGUUCGUCAAUGGUGGCUGCUGGAUUUAAGGGAAGCAUUGCAGUGACUAACGCGUUGAUUGAUAUGUAUGCUAAAUGUGGCUGUAUGAAAAAGGCGUUAGUCGUAUUUGAAGGGAUGACCGAAAGAGAUUUAGUCUCUUGGAACAUCAUUAUCCAUGGUUUGGCUAUGCACGGAAAUGGAGAGAUGGCUCUCAAGCUUUUCUCUAGGAUGGUCGAACAAGAAGGAUUUCAACCCGAUGGAUUCACUUUUGUUGGAAUCUUAUGUGCUUGUACUCACAUCGGUUUUAUCGAUAAGGGUAUAGAGUAUUUUUACUCGAUGGGUCGAGAUUAUGGUAUUAUCCCCAAAAUCGAGCAUUAUGGCUGCUUGAUCGAUCUUUUAGGCCGCGGUGGGCGCUUAAAAGAAGCUUUUGAUGUUGUACAAAACAUGCCUAUGGCACCAAAUGCUGUCAUUUGGGGUACACUCUUAGCAGCAUGCCGUUCACAUUAUCCUUUCGACAUUGCACACGAGAUCUUGAAGCAUUCGGUUAAACUUAACUCGACAGAUACAGGAAAUCUCGCUAUGCUGUCUAAUAUAUAUGCUGCUGCAGGGGAUUGGACAAACGUUGCGAAUGUUAGACGGGCUAUGAAGAAUGUCAGAAUGGACAAACCAUCCGGAGCUAGUGCUAUCGACCUAGAUGAUGUCGUUCAUGAAUUCACCGUCUUUGAUAACUCGCACCCCAAUUCAGAGGGCAUAUAUCAGAUGAUCCAUUUACUACGCCCACAACUGAAAAAGGCUGAUUGUAUAUCGGAAGCUGCAUAUGGUUGAAUUGGCUUCUCGGCAUUGCUUUGAUUUCGGUUGUGCUGUAGUCGCGGGGUGUCUUGCAAGAGUCGAGAGCAGCUAAGUUGGGUUGUCUUAGACGGGUUUCCGGUGAUGAGGACUGAUUAUGGAAUGGCUGUGACUAGAACAAGGGGCGAUUUCAGGAUAUAGUAUAGGAUGAGCCGAACUUUUAUCUAUGUAAAUUAGUCGAGUGUUAUUUUUAUGUGGUAUUAUAUAGUUGAAUACUUAAAUGUUUAUAAGGCGUUAUAUAGAUGACCUGGGUCUUAGCGUAAGCAAGCCCGGAUUUGGAUUAUGUCAUGAAGUAUUAGGUUGUUAAAUUGCAUUCCCCUUGAUAUUAUUUGAGUCAAUAUUAUAAAUCAUUUUAUUUUCAUCUAAAGAUAGUGCCAA